ACCAUCCUCCUAAACCUGCGUGCCGUCUUGCACACAAAAUAUAAUUUUUUAAGACUAUCUGGGUAUUGAUUUCGUCUAUCUGCUUUGCUAAUUUUCUUUCGAAAGGGGGUCUUAUCCGAUCUAUACAACAAAGCUUGAGCUUUUCCCACCAUGGCUCCUUCUUCGGUCCAGAAUCAAGAUGAUACUUCUAAGAAUUUCAAGACUUCGUAUUUUGGAUUACCAGCAUUGGAUAUGUCCACUGCAUUUCCCCAGGCGACUCCUGCAUCAGUCUUUCCCCCUUGUGCUUCAGACUAUUAUCAGUUUGAUGACUUAUUGACUCCUGAGGAGCAGGCCUUCCGGAUAAAAGUCAGAGAGGUCAUGGAAAAAGAAGUAGCUCCAAUAAUGACAGAGUACUGGGAGAAGGCGGAGUUUCCAUUUCAUAUUAUACCAAAGCUUGCUACCCUGAGUGUUUCUGGUGGCACAAUUAAGGGCUAUGGGUGUCCAGGCCUGUCUAUCACUGGAAGUGCUAUUGCUACAGCAGAGGUAGCCAGGGUUGAUGCAAGCUGUUCUACUUUUAUUCUGGUGCAUUCUUCUUUGGCAAUGCUCACAAUUGCACUUUGUGGAUCAGAGGCACAAAAGCAGAAAUACUUACCUUCUUUAGCACAAUUCCGCACAGUAGCUUGCUGGGGUUUGACAGAACCUGCCAAUGGAAGUGAUGCAAGUUCUUUAACGACAACAGCAACACAGGUGGAAGGAGGUUGGUUACUUGAUGGCCAAAAGCGCUGGAUUGGAAAUAGUACUUUUGCCGAUUUGUUGGUUAUUUUUGCCCGGAACACAAAAACAAACCAAAUAAAUGGAUUUAUUGUUAAAAAGGAUGUGCCUGGACUAACAGUUACCAAAAUUGAAAACAAAAUUGGCCUAAGGAUUGUCCAGAAUGGGGAUAUUGUCUUAAAGAAAGUCUUUGUCCCCGAUGAGGACAAACUACCUAGUGUCAAUUCCUUUCAAGAUACAAACAAGGUUCUUGCUGUUUCUCGUGUCAUGGUUGCUUGGCAACCAAUUGGCAUUGCAAUGGGUGUCUAUGAUAUGUGCCACAGGUAUUUGAAAGAGAGGAAGCAGUUUGGAGCUCCAUUGGCAGCAUUCCAACUUAACCAAGUGAAACUUGUGCGUAUGUUGGGUAAUAUUCAAGCAAUGCUCCUGGUUGGUUGGCGCUUAUGCAAACUCUAUGAGUCCGGAAAGAUGACACCUGGUCAUGCUAGCUUGGGGAAGGGAUGGAUUACCUUGAAGGCAAGGGAAACCGUGUCUCUUGGGAGAGAGUUGCUUGGUGGCAAUGGGAUCUUGUCUGACUUUCUCGUUGCAAAGGCUUUUUGUGAUUUGGAGCCCAUUUAUACCUAUGAAGGAACCUAUGAUAUUAACAGCCUGGUGACAGGGAGAGAAAUCACUGGAAUUGCAAGCUUCAAACCAACUGCAUCGACUCGACGAAGCCGCCUGUAAGAGAGUCUCUCUUCGGACUCAAAUCCUUGAAACUGCUCCAUCCAAGGGUAAACAAUGACUCCAUGUCACUCUUGACCUGUAUUUGUCACAUAUAAUAAGCAGGACAGGUGGAAUUUUAAUCCUGUUAUAAAGACUGCAAUAAAAAUAAGAUGCAUAGUGAAGUUCCUGCAA